CCCGGCCAGCUCUCGGGUCCCUCACACAGGAAACGCAGCCCGAGGGCUGACCGGAAGUGGGGUCGGGCCGCGCGGCCUUCUGGGAGCAUCUGUGCUCCGGGACAUAACGGACGCGCGCUACCGCUUGGGUCUAUGGACCUGUCUGUGGGUCGCCUGCAUGCGGUGUCUCUGAAGUCGCGUUUCGGGGGUUUGCGGCCGGUGGCGCUGCCGGGACCCCUGCGCAGGAAGCGAGGGGGGCGCCGAGCGAUCCGGUUUGCGCCGGCCGUGGGCUGCGGACUGAGCGCGGGCUCUCAGGAGGCUCGGAGUACCCGAGUUACAGUCGUGGUGCGGAGCGCUCUCGGCCGGAGCACCUGACUUGUGGAUGUUUGGAGUUGCAACCAGAAAACUGGUUUCUCAUGAGAAUAGUAUCAGCUGAGCUUUUUAACUCAUUUAUCCGGUGUGACUGUUAAUAGGACCUACCUCCCCCUACACUAAGACAGAUCUGUGGUGUGAGUUUGAAGCCUGAGAACGGGUGUCUGACAUGGAAGGAGAUCUUCUGACCUGAGACCCACACCAGAAGCUCGGGAGUCCUGGGCAGGGGUGGACUCUGCGCCUACAGACCAUCUUGACCAGUCCUUCCCAGAGCCGGCAAGAUCCAAAUGACAUCUCAAUCUUGAAAUACCAGCGACAGCUGUGCAACAUGGAGCGGUUGACCCAGACUGUGUGGAGAAGAGCUUGGUGUUCCCAGGACUCUGCACUUUGCCAGGAAGAAGAGGACAUGAGCAGACCCUUUAAAACAGUGACCUUCAAGGACGUGGCUGUGGACCUCACCCAGGAGGAAUGGCAGCAAAUGAAGCCUGCCCAGAGGAGUUUGUAUCGAGAUGUGAUGCUGGAGACCUACAGCAACCUAGUAACAGUCGGUUGUCAAGUCAACAAGCCAGAUGUGAUCUUGAAGUUGGAGCAAGAAGAGGAGCCAUGGGUGCUGGAGGAAGAAAUGUUUUGGAGACACUCUCCAGAAGCCAGAAGAGGAGGAGAGAAGAGCUUUGCAUCUAUAGACAUGGCCAAGAGCUUGAAGUUCAAAGAUGUGGUCAUUUACUUCUCUCGAGAUGAGUGGGCAUGCUUGUACCCGUCCCACAGGAAUCUGUACCGGGAUGUAAUGUUGGAGAAUUACAGCAACCUCAUUUCACUAGGUCUUGCUGACACUAAGCCAAGUGUGAUCUCCCUUUUGGAGCGGGGGAAAGAGCCCUGGAUGGUUAGGAGGAAUGAGACAAAAGAAUGGCAUUCUGACUGGGCAUCUAUAAGAGAAGGCAAGAACUUACUUCCAGAGGACGGUUACAAAAUUAAAUCAUUGCAACAAAAGAUGGCAGAAAACCAUACACGCUCCAGCCUUGAGGACAGCGGGGCCAGAGGUAACAGAGAAAUCACAGGCCAGUUGGAGAAGCAGCAGGACCAUCAGGAGGGACAGUUGAGACAAGCUGUAGUGACCUCCGUCGAGAGGCCAAGUUCCAUCCAAUGCACAGUCCAUAGAGAAGCUCAGCCUUCAGAACAACCUUGUAAAUGCAAGAAAUGUAAGAAAACAUUCAUGUGCCAAUCAUGUCUCAUUGAACACGAGCAAAUUCACGAUAAAGAAAAAGGCACUGGGUGUGCACAAUGUGGGAAAGUCUUUAACUGUAGGUCAGACUUGAUUAUGCAUCAAAAACUUCAUGAAAGCAAAAAAAGCAAUGAAAAUAAGAAAAGUGCCCUUAUUUGUGGUUCUGACAGUUUGAAACCUCAGAGUACUCACAGUAGUGAGAAACCUCAUAAGUGUAAGGAAUGUGGGAAAGGGUUCCAUACUACCUCACAGCUCAGUCACCAUCAGAAGUUGCAUAUAGGUGAGAAGCCCUACAAGUGUCAGGAGUGUGGGAAGGCUUUUCCAUCUAAUGCACAGCUUAGUCUUCACCAGAGAGUUCACACUGAUGAGAAGUGCUUUGAGUGUAAGGAGUGUGGGAAGGCCUUCACCCGGCCCUCACACCUCCUUCGUCACCAGCGGAUCCACACUGGUGAGAAGCCUCAUGUGUGUCAGGAGUGUGGGAAGGCCUUUCGUUACGACACUCAGCUUAGUCUUCAUCAGCUAACUCAUGCUGGGGCACGACGCUACGAGUGUAAGGACUGUGACCGAGUGUAUAGUUGUGCCUCACAACUCACUUUACAUCAGAUGGUUCACACCGGGGAGAAGCCCCACAAGUGUAAAGAGUGUGGGAAAGGCUUUAUCUCUGAUUCGCAUCUUCUUCGACAUCAGAGUGUUCACACUGGUGAGAAGCCCUAUAAAUGUAAGGAAUGUGGGAAAGGCUUUCGUCGUGGCUCAGAACUUGCCCGGCAUCAGAGAGCCCAUGCUGGUGAUAAACCCUAUAAAUGUAAGGAAUGUGGAAAGUCAUUUACAUGUACUACAGAGCUCAUGAGACACCUGAAAGUUCACACUGGCGACAGACCCCACAAAUGUAAGGAGUGUGGGAAGGCUUUCAUUCGAAGAUCAGAACUAACCCAUCAUGAAAGAAGCCACAGUGGUGAGAAACCCUAUGAGUGUAAGGAAUGCGGGAAGACUUUUGGCCGGGGCUCAGAGCUUAGUCGACACCAGAAAAUCCACACUGGGGAGAAGCCCUAUAAGUGUAAGCAGUGUGGGAAGGCCUUCAUUCGUGGUUCUCACCUUACCCAACACCAGAGAAUCCACACAGGACAGAGGAGUGAAUGAAGAAACAACUGCCGUCAGGAAAUUCAUACAGUUCAAAACCCUGUGAUGGCUAACAAGUGUGGGAAGACAACAUCAUAGGGUUUCUCAGCAACGCUAGAAUUCAUACUCAAAGACCAAUGAGGGCCAGAAACAAUUGGACACUUGUCACCAGUAAGAAACCUCACAAUUACAGAAAUCGGAAGUGACUCAAUUGUUCCAGAACUUACCGUGAGGCUUUAGUUUAUGAAAAACUGGAAAUUUCCAUGAAUGUAAAGAAAGUAGGAAGGCCCUUUCAGUGGCCCAGAGCCAAAUAUGCCUCAGAGAAUUCAUACCAGGGAAAAACUGAGGCAGCAAUAAUGUCAGAAGUUAGUCGUUAGCCCUCAGAGGAGAAAAUUCAUAACCACCAUACCAAUGUGAUCUUUCAUACUGACGGCCACACUUGUAUUAAAAAUGCAGCACAUUCUUCCUCCAUCCCACUCAACUUUUAAGAAAUAUUUGCGAGUUUAUUCUGUGCAAUGAAUUUGAACUGAGGAAGUGUAGGAAAGGACUUAACCAUGUUUACUUUGUGCUUGUCCUCACUCAGAGUUCGCACAGGGUGAAUUACUGACUUCAGAUUCUUUUAUAAAUUAGUAAUGUUAGUGUCAUGUAUCAAGUUAUACUGUGAGGAUGGGUAUAGUUUGUGGAAUAGCAUCCAGCAGGGCAUGGUGGUGCACACCUGUAAUACAAGCCCCUGGAGCCAAAGGCAGGAGGAUCACAAGUGAGGCUAGCUUGAAGAAUGCUUCAAGAACAAAAAGGUAUGCCAAAGAUAGCUGCUUUCCUUGUUAUUUUCAAAAUUGUGAACUUUUAUGUAACAGUCUUAUAAAAGGAAAGCCUUACAUGUCCAGUGCUUGGAGGGACAUGUUGCAUUGUCUCCUUGACUGUUACAGAAUCCUUUUGAAGAAAAACUGAAAGUUUCCAUUCAUAGUGUGCCCUUCUGCUAGUCAGAAGGUCCAGGGUUAAACGUAGUCCCAUUGGGGGAGGUGGGGAGAUUUUGAUGACACAAGUGUUGUGUAGGAGAUGAAGAUGAAAUUAUCACUGAACUAAGGCCAGGUGGACAAGUGGAGACUGUAGGUUUGCCUGUCUGCAGGCGUCACCACUCCCCCUCUGCAGUGUCCCCAACCACUCAGUCUGCUGCUCCUGGCUAAGCACUUGGCCCCCUGUGUGAUAGAGGGAUCUGAGCACAAGUCCACAGUGGACUUCAGCAACAAGACACAGAAAUGGUCCUAGCUGCAGGGAGCGCAUCUGUACACCAGGUGGCGCCUGAUUUGUGUUGCAGUCACAAGGCCAUGAGGCUGAGAUUGUCAUGGGAAAGACAUUGUCAUUGACAUUGUGGCUUCAUGAAACCAUGAACUGCCCUUUCCCUGAACUUGCAGAGUAAGAAAUGAAUAAUUGAAAAUAAAUACUUAGCUCUACAGUAUACCUAACUCUUGGGAAAUUACCAUUUUAAAAUAUUUUUACAUAUACAGUUUCAGUAAGAUAUAUAUAUAUAUAUAUAUAUAUAUAUAUAUAUAUAUAUAUAGCUUUUAUAGUAUAUCUGAUAUAGAGAAGCAUUAUUUCCCAAAGUAUUUUCUUAGCCAUAUUAUUGAAAUAUAUAUUUAGUUUUGAUUUAGUAAGUAUAGGAUGUUUACUUAAAGCAUUUGAUCAUGUAUUUUUAUAUCCUGCUUUUUACAAUAUAUCUUAAAUCUUGGAAAAGUUUUGUUUUCCUGACUGAAGUUUAGAAUGUGCUUAAGGAACUACACUAAUUCCUGUAUAACCGAGUCAUCUGACAGCUGAAAAUCUUCUACCUCUUCAGGACACAAGGCACUCACAUCUGGGAAGGGAGCAGACAUUUUACCAAAUUUGGAAAAGGGCAGCAUCUGAAAUCAAGUCAGCUAUUUACAAGCCCAUUGUACUUAGUAGAGGGUAUUCUGAUUAGACCAGCAAGGCUCGUCAGAAGCCCAGCAAAAGAGGACCAUGGUGCUUUGUGCAGAUGUGUUUGUGGACAUGUUAAUAAGGAGAGAAUAAGGCAGGAACUUGAUUGAGAACAGCAGGUACCUGCUGUGAAGGGAAACUCCCUCCCUCCCUGUCUACAGACUUCCACUUGAGAACAGUCGCCAUCUAGUGGAGUUCAUCUGCCUCACACUGUAGAACAGUAAUGCAUGUGAUAAGUAAAACUCCUAAUUAUUGGAAAGACUACUGCGGGACAAUUUAUAACGGAAUUCAGGUAGUGAGUAGGUGUGUUAUGUGCACACGUGUGUGGAGGCCAGAGGUCCACCUAAGAUGUCCUACCUCAGAAGCCAUCCCCUUGGUGGUGUGCCACAGGGCCUCCUGAGGAGCUGGGGCUUGCCCAGUAGGCUCAGCCGGCUGACCAGUGACCAGGGGCCCACUCGGCUCUGUAGCCUUACAUUGGAAUUAAAAGCAGGUGCCACAUCACCCGACUUUUCCUUCUGUGGGUUUUGGGAGCUUUGGGGCUCGGGUCCUCAUGUCUGUACGGCAGACACAUUACUGACUGAGCCGGCUCUCAGCCCAUCACAGUGUUUCUUAAGGGAGAAAUGAUUACUGGGUGGCAAUCUGCACUGCUAUAGUAAUUUAAUAAAUCUAUCUAAAGUUUUAACUAGUCUUCUAAAAAGAGAACUUGCACAUUUUAUAGGAAUUAAUUAAUAAGAGCAGUUUUUUAAAAGGUGAUAUUAGUACUGAUUUCAGUGUUGGAAGAAUAACUCUUUAAUUUUCUGUUCAUGUAUACAUACUUUUUCCAAGACUUGAAUGUCCUCUCCCAAAUGUAUGUAUCAUGACGCCCUGAAAGCAAGAAUAUGCUACACAGAUUUCUUUAGAGAAACGGCACUGACCACACUGUCUGAAGUGUAGUCGCGGAAGCUGUGCGUCCGUUCUCACUCUGGUUGGGGCACACACCCAUGCUUAGACCCGGCUUGGAAACAAGUUAUGGGAGUGUAUUGAAUGGGAUCGUGGGUACACACAGAGGGGGCAGCCUCCUUUUCUCACAUGGUGGUAAUAUACUGUAGACAUCUUUCUAGCCGGUGCUUACAGAUCUAACUAGCGUCACAUAAUUCACACAAGUCAUGUGUGUGGAGCCCAUUCUUUACCACGAAUGUUCAGGUUAGUUUUACCAUCAACAGUGAGUUCAAGACACAGGUAUUGCCUCAUAUUGGUGUUUCUGCUUCUGUAAAGCAGGUGAAUUCCUGCCAGUUGAAUCCCUUGCCUUAACAUAGUAGACUUAAACUGUACUCAGUGCCUUAUUGUUUUUGUGUGAAGGUCUCAGUAUCUCAACAGAAACUGUGUCAACCAGGACUGAAAAUGUGCCUUCCAUUUGCACUUCCUUAACCGCCAGCAAGGCUGAGCAUCUUCCGGGCCUGUGGGACAUUUGAGCUUUGUUUCUGUGAAUUGCACAUUGUUAUCAGUCUCCCUUUGUAAAAUCGGAGUUGUUUUUUUCAGACAUUUGUAGAAACACAGCUAGGAGAUCAUAUUACCAUAUUAGCAAUUUAUUGUCUUAGUCUAGCACAUGUCAUUUGCCCUUGUUUAUAUUAAAAGUUACCAAAUGUUUUAUGAAGGGCCAGACACUAUUUCAGGCUUUGGGGACCUGUUUUCAUGCGAUCUUUGCAGCAUGGAAGCGUAUCCUGUGUGAAACAGUGGUUCUCAGCCACUUGUACCACACCCCAGGAGACAUUUGCCUAUGUCCACAGGCAUUUUUGUUUGUCACUUUAAAGAUGAUUGCUGCUUGUGUCUUGUGGACAGAGGCCAGAGAUCCUUCUCAGUGUCUUGUGAUGCACACUGUAGUCCCCAAAGCAAAACGAUGUUGCACUCCGAAAAUGGCAGUCACGUUUCUGGCCAAACGGAACUGGACUCCACUGUGUCGACGAAACAUUCACAGAGGCAAGCGGCCGCCGUAGUGCGCCUGCAGGUGUGGUGGUCUCGCCCUGUGUUAGCUUUGGUUGUGUGCUGUUUUGCUGGCUUUGUUUUCUGAAUUAUCUUUUAUCCCAAGUUUUCUGUAUUUUAUGGCCUUAAAUCUUCCUUCCUAAAAAUUCAGAGGAUCAGUAGCAUGUGUGUAACAAUGGCCCAGUAUUUUUCAAGCAUGAGUUUUUGUUUGCUUAGUUUUGGUUGAAAUUACAUUUAAUAAAUCAUUUCAGAAAAAUA